AUGUCCUCAUCGUGCAUUCAUAUGCCUAGCACACCUGGUGAAAAGAAGAGAUUGCGAAGUUGGUACGCGGUAAUCGCAGACAAAUGUGCCUUUCCCAGAACCGACAGCUAUGCUGUCACAGCGAAGGAUCAGAUGCUUCUGGAAACGUUUUUCCUGAACGCCUAUACUGUUCGCGGGAACGACCUAACGCUGCUCUCCAAGUCGAUGAAGCUAAAUAGAUACCAACGCGUGGCUACUUCAUUCGGAUCGAACCGUUUGCGAAGAAGUAAAAGCCGGCAAACUGAAACAGGAAGAGUGAUAAAACAGAAACUCAAAGUAAACUGGGUUUUCCAGGUGACAAUGGGAGCCACGCGCUGCUCAGAAUGUCCACCUGAGAACGGAUGUCUCGGCUCCCUCUCCAGAUGUGUUGCUCACGAUGCAAAACUGGUUUUGUCUACUGUGCUUGGUGCUCUGACUUCGUCUAUAAUCGCGUUGCGAGAGGUUAUGCGGCUCGGGGCAAUGAACAAAUACAGAACAAGGCUAGGCCUUUGCAAGCUAGUGUCAUGGAAUCCGACAGAUGCUGAUAUCAAAGCAUGGGAUAUGAUGACUCGCGUAGGACAUCAUGCUCAGCUGCGUGGCCUUCUGAAUAUGGGUUCAACAUGCUACAUGAACAGCGUGCUCCAAGCUCUCGUUCACACCCCAGUGUUGAGAGACUAUUUCCUUUCCGAUCAACACUGCUGCCAGCGGCCGGCUGGAACAUGUCUGAUGUGCACGAUGCAUCAGCUAAUGCAGGAUUUUCAUCGUGGUGACUCUUCCGAUCCUGUUGCUCCUUCCGACGUUUUACAUAUUGUAUGGGAACAAUCUCAAAUGUCCAUGGGAGGUCAGCAAGAUGCACAUGAAUUCUUUCUUGCUGUUCACGAUCUCCUACAUCGGCAUUAUAAUGCGCCUUUUUCUUCUUCGCCGGUGACCGAAACUGAUUCAUGCAAGUGCAUUGUACACCAGACAUUCACUGGCAAAUUGCGCUCAGAUAUCAUUUGCAAUAAAUGCUCUUCGUGGUCACACGACACAUGUUUUGAUAAUAGAUCGGUUUCGUCAUCCACUCAACCGUUUCUUGAUGUAUCACUGAUUGUUCCGGCGACAUCCCCAGCUGAUCAGAUAGGAAUCAAAACAUGUUUAGAAAUGUUUUGUGCAAGGGAAGAUUUAGACCGAAACUGCGAACGAUGUGGAUGCAUGAGAGCAACUCGUCGAAUGAGUUUCAAAGUUCUGCCAUCUGUGAUCGUUUUCCAUCUGAAGCGCUUCAGCCCAUCUGCUACUGGGAAGAACAGCACGGUUGUAUGGUUCGACUUGGAAUCCGAUAUGUCCCCAUUUACGUCAGCUUUUCUUGACAAUCCGUCGCUGUUCGAUCCUCGCACUUCUGCUGGAAUGAUUAGUCAUAAAAAUCAUUCUUACUCAUUAUUCGCUAUUGUGACGCACAUUGGUGAUUCGUCCGGCGCUGGACAUUAUAUUAGCUACGUCCGACGAAAUCAGAACAAAUGGUAUCGAUGUGACGACCACCAGAUCAAGGAGGUACACUAUAGCGAUGUGGUGAUGACUGAAGCGUAUCUCUUAUUUUAUCAGCUCACACAGCUACGGCUGAAGUAG